AUGGCUUACACAAAUGUUGGUUUCUCUGAUGAUAGCGUGGUAUUUCACGGUCCCGAUCCGGUAAAUCACUUUAAAUUUAUUAAGUUUAGGCUGUCAUUUUGCCAGACGGUUUGCGUACUUGGCUACUGCAUUCUACCUCUCGUGACUGCCCUCGUCAUAAAUGUCAUCAUCAAACUCUUGACUCCACCAAGUGGUUGGAUCCUGCUUAUCCGUCUCUUGGUUGUCCUGACCGGCCUCGCGUACUCCCUCUUCUCAUCUACUACAUUCCUGGCGCCUAGUUCGAAGCCAGGCAGGGUUUCACUCGUUGUAUAUCCGCUCUGUCUUUUCUACUUUUUCAUCGGCUGGCUCGUCUUCGUUAACACGGGCCCUUCCAGAAUUUAA